AUGGCUUAUCAGAGGAGAAGUAACAUGGUUUCUGCUGUGAGAAUGCCUCAAAUCUCAGGAUUUGUUAACCCUCGGUUUUCUCCAGUUUUUGCUUCUCCAACCAUCCCAAACAUGUAUCAUCAUGCUACUGUCCCGACCAAUAAUAUGGUCACUAGCCAAAAUGGUCAUGACCGUGGCCAACGUGUCAUAACUUCUGGUCAAACCGAUUGGAAUCACUCUCAAAAUGUUUUUGGUAAGGUCACUCCAACGAUCUCAAACAUGUACGAUCAUGUUAUGGUUCCGACCAAUAAUAUGGUCACUAGCCAAAAUGGUCAUGACCGUGGCAAACGUGUCAUAACUUCUGGUCAAACCGAUUGGAAUCACUCUCCAAAUGUUUUUGGUAAGGUCACUCCAACGAUCUCAAACAUGUACGAUCAUGUUAUGGUUCCGACCAAUAAUAUGGUCACUAGCCAAAAUGGUCAGGAACGUGUCAUAACUUCUGAUCCAACCAUUCACCCUCCAAAUGUUUUUAAUAACCAAUGGAAAACCUUUUACCCUGAACCUAUCGAUUACACCAAAGUCGACACAAGUGACAACGGUGGUGAAAACAAGUAUCGAACCCAAAGCAUACCAAAUGAAAAGUACGGUACAUAUACGUGUCCCAAGUGUCACAGUCCGUUUGAUAUUACACCAAUGAUAUCAGCUGCGCGUAUGGAGUUAGUUCAUGCUAGCAAUGAGACUAGCGAGGAUAAAGAGAAAGGACCUUCUGCAGAAACUAAAAAAAGGUCUCGUGAACAAAAUCAUCCAGAUGUCAAUGGUAAAGCUCGGAAGAUCGAAUCGGAUGACAACGUUCCAGAAGAGAGCUGA